AUGUGUAUCUAUGAGAGAGUACUUUCCUUUUUCUUCCCGAGCAAAACAUUUCAGUGCUCUGUCCAGUGCAAUUAUCUUGCUAUAAACCGACUUGCCUUUGAGUGGGCAGAGAGCUAUGACAAGAAGGACUGGAAUAGACUUCAUAACAUUCUAGCACCGAACAUAGCGGUGGACUACAGUAUGAUGGGAUACCAAUGUUUUCCGCACAUGAAGUCCGAGGAAUUCAUUUCUAUGAUGAGCUCGCCUGAUCUCCUAGGAGACCCACUCAUCCAUACUCAACACCUUCUUGGUGGUACUGGAUACGAGCGGAUACGUGCUGCUCACCAGCGCUAUGCGAACCUUGAUCUCACUAGCGUCGCUCAUCGGGGCCACGGCCAUGGCAUCGUGAAACAUUGGUAUAAGAAGAUUGACGGAUACUGGAAGCUGGCUGGAAUUCGCCCUGAAAUGUACUGGACUGAGCAUGACUUUGACAAGAUCUUCCCCCGACUAUCAGCGGCGAAAUGA